AAUCAAUUGGAUCAGAUGGGAUCAUCACAGCCGUUCGUUCUUGCGUCGCACCUAGAGGCCCCGUGUGCCUCAUCCACGAGGUCUCCAAACCCUAUCCCACCAAGACCAAAACCGGGGGGCGUUAUGGUAAAACCAGGCGUGCCUGAUUCUGCUAUAAACAGAAGCCGAAAUUGUUAUCCAGGCGUUGUCUUCCACGUUCCACCGCUGACCCAACCGCCAACAAUGCCAGUGCAAGACAUCAGCAUUUCAUCGCUUCCGGCGAUAUCGUCCACCGACAUCGCCUCCGGCGGCAACGAAGACGAGGCCUGGGUGUGGAGCCAGAUAAAAGCCGAGGCGCGCCGAGACGCCGAAGCCGAGCCGGCUCUGGCCAGCUACCUCUACUCUACGAUCAUCUCUCACUCCUCUCUCGGUCGCUCUCUUUCCUUCCAUCUCGGCAACAAGCUCUGCUCCUCAACUCUCCUCUCCACGCUCCUCUACGACCUCUUCCUCAACACCUUGUCCUCCGACGCCUCCAUCCGCGCAGCCACAGUCGCCGACCUCCGAGCCGCCCGCUAUCGCGAUCCGGCCUGCACCUCGUUCUCUCACUGCCUUCUCAACUACAAAGGCUUUCUAGCGAUUCAGGCGCAUCGUGUGGCACACAAAUUAUGGAUCCAGAACCGGAAGCCGCUGUCGCUGGCGCUUCAAUCGCGGAUGGCCGAUGUCUUCGCCGUGGAUAUCCACCCCGCCGCGAGGAUCGGGAAGGGCGUGUUGCUUGACCACGCGACGGGAGUGGUCAUCGGCGAGACGGCGGUGGUUGGUAACAACGUGUCGAUUCUGCACCACGUGACGCUGGGGGGGACGGGCAAGGCCGGCGGCGACAGGCAUCCGAAGAUCGGCGAUGGAGUGCUGAUCGGCGCCGGGGCAACGAUCCUGGGGAACGUGAGGAUCGGGGAGGGGGCGAAGGUCGGGGCGGGCUCGCUGGUGCUGAUUGAUGUGCCGCCGUGGACGACGGCGGUAGGGAAUCCGGCGAGGCUGGUGGGAGGGAGGGAACAGCCUAAGGUGCAUGCGGACGUACCGGGAGAGUCUAUGGAUCACACGUCGUUCAUUUCUCAUUGGUCUGAUUAUGUUAUUUGAGCCCUUGACGUUGAUCGCGAUGAAGUUGAUUUUGGUUAGUGACGCUGAUCGCGAUGAUGCACGCCGUGCAGGCUUGCCUGCGUUGUACUAGAUUAUCGUUUUUUUUUUUUUUUUUGGUUUGCCUCAAGAGAUCAUGGGAAAAGAAAAAUAAAAAUAAUCUCCUUUUUGUUUUUUCGGGGGAUGACGAUACUGAAUGAAAAUGAAUACUUCAUAAUAAUAAUAAUAAUUAUAUUUUUCUUGAUA